UGCUGGCAGGACACCAUGUUGGACUAUGUUCCUCUUGUCCUACGGCCUGUUGCCUACAGAUGCCUACAGUGUCUGUUGCACCAAGAGGUCAUACUUGCCUGUGGCAGCCCGCAGCCAUGGCGCAGCCAUGGCAUCUUCCUGCAGCGACGGGCCAAAACGUGCAAGAAAGAAGUUCAAGAAGCCCCUCGUUCUCUCAACUUCGACGCGAUGCCCCGCUUCUCGCAGUCCGGCGUUGUUGAGGAGAAGAAGCAGGUCCAUGGAUGUCGGCUCGAGUGUCCUUGGUAUUGGCCGUCAUCGUCAAGCGAACCGGACACGCUCACCGCCUCGUUGCGACCCGUGGCAAACACUGUGACGGCUCGCAUGCAGAAUUCAUGUGCAAACCCUGUCAUGGGGAUGGGGGCCCUACAUCCCGCAUGGGUCUAUCUACAAGCUGUGAGUUAUCAGCACACCACGUUCAAUGGUGCCUGUGGUCAACGUGAGUGGCUAACUACAAACUAUGAUGACCAUUGUGGCAUUGUUGAAAAAUGUUGA